AGCCUCACAUACAGCUGUCUUUACUAAGGUGAAUCGAAUAUAUACUACAUUUAACUUUAAUUCUGCGUAAAAUAACUUUUAACAUAUAACUACGGCAAUAUUACAAUAAUAUAAUCAAUGUCUCAAUUAGCCAAUUUGCAAUAUGUGAACUUCAGUUCACUUAUAAAUCCUUCUUUCUGGCAUAAAUUAACACAACUCAAGCUUGAUGUUGAUAAACUGGAUGAAACUGAAAGACACAUAUGGGCGUCAUUAAACUUCAGUGAUUCUUCAACCCAGCAUUUGUACAUAGAAGUUGAUAGCACAUCAUUUAAUGAUAAUUAUGAUUUGCCAUCACUUUGUGUUCCCUGGCAAGGAAAGAUAUUGAAUAAAAACACAAUCGAACAAUUUAAAGAAUGUGAUAAAAACAGUCUCAUGCAAGAACAAGCUGUAAAAUUUUUAGAAGUACUCAAAAACGAUGCAAUUAAUAAUCCCUCAUUGAUAAAUACAUUUUUUGUUUUAUCAUUUGCUGAUCUGAAAAAGUAUCAAUACUAUUACUGGUUUGCAUUUCCAGCUCCUCUAGAGCUGAAUUUACCACUUUUAGAUGUUUCUGAUAUAAAAUCUACAUUUUCAGAUGAGCAACUGGAAAAUAUUCUUAAAUCAUUUUUGGCUUUACCAAAAGAACAAAAAGCCCUGUUUAUAACAAAAUCAAAUGGAGAAAUCUCAACUUUAAAAGAUUCUAUCUCAAAUAACAGUACGUUUGAUCCAGCAAACAAUUACUUUACUUUCAUUGAUGCCAGUCAUGCCAAAAAUACUUACAACUGGUCUUUGAAGAAUAUUCUAGUUUUACUCAUUCAGAACAAACAUUUUAAACAUUUGAUUGGCAAGACUAUUACAUUAAUUGCUUUAAGAGUAUCAAGAAUUGAUAAAAAUUUGACUUUAAAUAAAAGCGAGAUUUUAAAAGUUCAAUUGCCUGAAACAUGCGGGGAUUCAGGGUGGGUAGGAUGGGAACGCAACGAUCGUGGAAAUAUGGGACCUAGGAUGACCAACAUGAAGAGUGCAAUGGACCCCAAGCAUUUAUCGGAAACUUCAGUGGAUUUAAAUUUAAAACUUAUGAAAUGGCGAUUAUUGCCUGAAAUUGACUUGGAAAAGAUAAAAUCAAUGAAGUGUCUACUCUUAGGAUCAGGAACACUUGGUUGUUCAGUUGCUAGAGUAUUACUCGGAUGGGGAGUGCGUAAUAUAGAUUUUGUUGAUAAUUCAACUGUAUCUCACUCAAAUCCAGUGAGGCAAAGCCUUUUCAAAUUUGACGAUGCUGUUAAAUCAAAACAAAAGGCUCAAGCAGCUGCUGAGAAUCUUAAAGAGAUAUUUCCAGGCGUUAUUGCUAAUGGGCAUAAUAUAAAUGUCUUAAUGCCUGGACAUCCAAUUGGUGAAUCUUUAAUGGAACAAGCAAAAGAUCAUUUCAAUCAAUUGGAUGACCUCAUACAAAAAGCUGAUAUAAUAUUCUUAUUAAUGGAUUCACGAGAAAGUCGUUGGUUACCGACUUUACUAGCUCAACAUCAUGGUAAAAUUGUAAUCAACGCAGCUUUAGGGUUUGAUACUUAUCUAGUAAUGCGUCAUGGUGUAACCAAUGUAUUUUCAUCCACAAAAGAAAAUUUCAAACAAAUUGAUGGAUAUGAAAUGAUUGAAGGCGAUAAACUUGGUUGUUAUUUUUGUAACGACGUUACGGCACCAGGAAAUUCAUUGAAAGAUAGAACUUUGGAUAAACAAUGCACAGUGACAAGACCUGGUGUAAGUCAAAUUGCAGGUGCUUUAGCUGUGGAACUCGCAAUUUCCUUAACACAGCAUCCACAUGGGCCACUUGCGCCUGCAUUUUACAAGAAAUUCAACAAUAAAUCCACAGAUAACGCAACUUCAGCAUUUGAUACAGAUUUAGAAGAUUGUAUUUUGGGCAUAUUGCCACAUUCCAUACGCGGUUUUAUAUCCAACUACACACAGGUUUUACCAGCUACACAAAGGUAUAAUCAGUGUAUAGCCUGUUCUGAGAUUGUUUUACAAAAGUACAAAACAGAAGGUUUUGAGUUUCUAUUGAAAGUGUUUGAAUCAUCGAAAGUUUUGGAGGAUUUAACUGGUCUCACUGAGAUUUAUAAUGCCUCCCAGGCCAAAGAUUUUGAUUUUAGCGAACCGGAAGAUGCAUUUGAAGAUGACGAUUAAAUAAAUCAUCUUUAAACCGUGAUUUUAUAAAUAUGUAUGUUUUCUAUGUUUUUAAUCUAUGAAUAUUAUAUUUUAAAAUAAACUUACUGCACGCCCGAA